AGAAGAGUGUGGCUGACAUUGCUAAUUUCUGAUAACUGCACAGUCUCUGAAGUUAAGCCUUCUGCCAUCUACAAACAUGAUUCUAUUCCUGAUUAGCUUUCUGCUGUUGUCCCUGGUCGGAAAGGGUGCAACUUGUAACGACGAAGUAUGUGAACUAAUGUGUAAAGAAGAGGGAGAACUACAUGGACAUUGUAAAGUGAUAGGGUAUGCAAUUGUUGGGAGGAUCUGCGUUUGUUAUGGGGGGGCGAGAAGGAAGAGGACGCAUGCUUCUUCAAAGCCACACUCACUUUGAAUGUUUUGAAACAGUGUGAAGUAAAGAUUUAAUUGUCAAGUGCAAAC